CAUGCGGUGAAAUGUUAUUGGUCUUCAAGGACUGAGGCAACAUCGUUGAGGAGAGGAGGUGAAUCUGGCGACGAGCGGCAAGCGCAACGCCUUCACCGACGGGAGGAGCUAGGACAGCUCGCGCAGCAAGUCCACGAGUAGGAUGCCUUCACCGUGACUUGUUAUUUUAAUAUGUAGAUCUUGUAUGUCUCUACACCCUUCCUAAGGAGGAAGGUAUGACAUAACAAGGUGAGGGGGGCUAGGACCCGGUCAGGUCCUGGGCUCCUCCCUAACUUGUUAUUUUAAGAUGUAGAUCUUAUAUGUCUCUACACCCCUCCCAAUGGGGGAUGUAUGACCUAACAAGGUGAGGGGGCCCUGGGACCUGGCCUAGGUCAGGUCCUGGGCUCCUCCCUAUCUUGUUAUUUUAAGAUGUAGAUCUUAUAUGUCUCUAAACCCCUCCCAAGGAGGGAGGUAUGACAUAACAAGGUGAGGAGGGCCCUAGGACCCGGCCUAGAUCAGGUCCCGGGCUCCUCCCUGACUUGUAAUUUUAAGAUGUAAAUCUUAUAUAUGAAUUUUGUAUGUUUCGACACUCCUCUUGAAAGAGGGGUGUGCUACAUAGAAGGGCUUAGGGGACUUCGGGACCCGACACGGGGUAACUCUCGAGCCCCCUUCCUUGCCACGUGGAUAUUUUUAAUCGCUGCUAAUCAAUGUGUUUUCUUUAUAUAAUGAGAAUAUAACCUCGGGUCCUCGGGGAAAGGGGUACCCUGGUUCCCAUUUCACCGACAGCAACGGAACCAACGGACUAACACCCAACACCAUAGACGACGGCAGGGAACCAUGAUGAAACCCUAAUUUUCACUUCUCUUCAACUUCACCUUCAGGGUGGAGGAACUAUAUAUAUAGAGCAAGGAUGAGUACUUACGUACUCAACACGUCAUGGGAACAUAGGUGUUGAGUGAAAGCAUGAAAGAGAGGCAAGAUUGUUUUGCAAAUUCUUUAUUUGGAACCAUUUUGAAACCACUAAGUGGUUUUCUUCUUUUUAAGUUUAGGUCGAAAAGAGACUUGUUUCUCGAUUCCACUUAAGAGACUUCCCAGGUCGGUUCAUUAAUUCUUGGCUCCCAAAGCCAUUUCACUUGAUUAAGCAGCUCCCCGAGCCAUUGUCAGUUUCUCGGACUUCUCACUGCCCCCAUAGCACAACAAUCUUCUUCUACUCAGUAAGCAUAGUCUAUGAUGCCGCAAACAUCCCGAAACACACAAAUCCAUUCCUGACCACCUAGGUCAUCCAUCUGCCACAAAGGUUGAUUCUGGUAAUGAGUCUCAAUCCACAAUACUUUUCACAAAGCACAGGCAAACAAAACUACGCAAUUGGAAACACUUCACAUCUGUAGAGGGAUAUACUUUACCCACACAACACGAACUUACUCCAGAAAAUAGCCGGUGUCGGAGGUUUGUGACAAAGCCUUUCCAAACCCAACCCAAGGUUAUCUCAUGGCACAUAGAAGGAUCAGAUCAUCACAUAAACGAAUCAUUUUAUGUUCACAAAUCAACUCCAAUCACCUCGACCAGUAAUCUGGCAAGCUUCUCUUCCUUGCCUUACCAGAAACCCGGAAAUGCACCGACCACCGCAUCCCGGCAUUCCCCAACUAUUGGCAUGCAAGGUUUCCCUGAACCGACUAGUUACUUAGCCAGGGUGUCCCAUUACACCAUGUGGUUGCACUUCCUAUGCUUGAUGAAUUUCCCCAAGAAUCGGUCCUCAUAUGCGAAUACGGGACAACGACACACAUGCACAACACCCGCAUCGCGAGUUUUCAUGAACUAUUUUAUUUUCAAACACGCCGACACCACAUGUCGGGUUUUCAAGGCUUCUCAAACUAAUUUCCCAAGUUUUUGACAAACAACGAUGCAUGUGAAGUAAUUCGUACUCGCGCUCAGAGAGCACGAAUACCGGAGUACCACAAAGGUAGAGUGACAAGGAAUCAGAAUAUGUCAGCCUAUGGAAAUAGUGCGACUACUGGGUAGGUCCGUUGGUUUGGAUCGCAAACCGAGGCCAAGCAAGUUAUGUGUGUACUCCUAACAAUGCAAGUUGUAAACAAAAUUAUAAUGACUAUUCAAUUAUAGGAGCAAUGUAGUCGAGGGUGACUUGACUUGCUCAAGGCCUUCACGAAGCUUCUUGAAAUCCGGGCUCGAACAGAAAUCCACAAUCGCAACUAUACGCAACUAUACACAACCAAUUAAAGACCUAUACAAGACCAAAAGAAAGAUCCUAUUUAGGCUUCGUUCGUAUGUGCGAGUCCUGAUCCGGUUCAUGUUCCGUGCACUGGAAGCGUGGUCCCGCACACAGUACCAGAAGGACGGCUUGUGAGGCGACGUUAACGUCGUUAACGGAUGUGAGAAGUUGCCGUUGCGCCUCGGCUUUUCCGUCAGAGUCAGGGCAUCCAAUGCUCUCGAUCCCUCUUUCUUCCUCCUCUCGCUGUUGCUAUCUUGCUUCCGCGGUCGUCGAUGCGACGCAGGCCUAGCGGAGAAUCGAUUCCCCUCCGCUGCAGGCUCCCGUCCUCCCCGAUUCUCGCCAGCCCCCCUCCUCCCCUUUCGACUGUGGCUUGCAGGCCCGUGCCCCCCCCAAUCGAUUCUCGUCCGCGCGUCGUCUUGCGGCAGCGGUCGGUUCAAGGUGCUCAAAAUCGGGGGGAAGUGGAAGAGCUCCACGCCUGUCGAGCUGUCUGCGUCGUCCUCGAGGGGAGUAAAAGCUGGCCGGCGUGCUCGCUGUGAAGCAGCAAGCAUCGGCGCCCAUCAGGCCGCCCAUCUUUGGCAGUCUGGCUGCCUGUGUGCUCGUCCUGUCGGCCUCUCGGGUCAGACAGUGCUGGCCUGAAGAGUGUCAUCAAGGCAUCCAAGCUGGCGGAGUUGAGGAGCCAGCUCUAUUUCAGGCCGAGCGUGUGCGUGGUCCGAUGGAGACGACAGCGAAGAAGCGGAAGCGAGAGUGGGAUCUAUUGUCGAUCCAAGAGGAGGGGACGAUUUCCCACUCCCCUCAAACAGGGGAGAUCUCUGUCCGCGGCGCCGAUCUGGAGUCCGGCGAGGACUCCUCCGACUCUGUCACCUCCGACGCUGGCAGCGCCAAGGCUGCUCCCGACGACGUGCUUCAUAUCGCGCAUGCCCUCUGCAAGGUUUGCGCCAAGUCUCCUAGAGCCGUCAUCGACUUUGUUCGAAGAGUGAGCCCUGCCACCGUCGGCCGUUCGAUUGAUUGGGACGUCGUCCGCGAGGAAGAGUCAUCUAAGGCAUAUAAUUUUACAUAUUUUAUAAAAGUUUUUGAAUAAGACGAACGGUCAAACAUGUGCUAAAAAGUCAACGGUGUCAAACAUUUCGAAACGGAGGGAGUAUUUGACUUGCACGGAGUAGAUGGGCGAUGGCCGUAGCCGGUGGACCGAUAUGGAGGUUCGUGUGUUUCUUGAGAGCUGCUUGGAGGAGAUGGCAGCGUUCACCAUCACCUCCAACUCCCCCAAGCCGCAGGCAUGGCAGAACCUAAUACACAAGAUGUACACCAAGUGCAAGAAGAAGGUGAACAAGGCUCAAUUGGAGUACAUUUGGGGGCAGUGUAAGAAGCGGUACAACAGGUGGGUGUGGCUAGAAUCGCAUGCAAGCGGGCUGGGUCGUGAUCCCCAUACAUCAGCCAUUGUUGCCGAUGAUGAGUGGUGGGAAAGCAAGAAUGCGCAAAAUAAAGGUGUCUUAAGCUUCAGGAAUGAUCCUCUGAAGCACAUUGACCUUCACCACGCGGUAUUCAGUGGGCGCACAGUUGUCGGAAACCACUCCGCCGUCGCAGGGGCAGCCCCACAGGCACCGCAAGGAGCAGUUCAGUGGCAGACCAUCGACAUGGCGCAGCUCGCUGCUGCUUAUAGACCACCACCUCCAACUCCACCCCCAACGGCAGCAGACCGGGGCAAGGGAAAGAGGCUAGCAGCAAACACUACUGCCUCAGGGAGUUCUUCCAAGAAGUCCCGAAGCGACUCCGCUGGACUGGCUUUGGAGAGGAUUGCGGACAUCCGACAGCAGAGCUACCAGAGUCGUGUUGCUCAGAUGGAAGCAGAGAAGUCUAUGGGCCUUGAUGCGUGCAUGGAGUUGGUGGAAAAUGAUGGCCAUGAAAUUGGAGGAAGUGUGUGGUAUGCUGCUUGUGCGCUAUUCCGUGACCCAUUGACCUGCAAAUGCUUUGUUCGACUCAAGGACGCUGCUAGGCGCUUGGAAUUUAUACGCACUGGUGGUACUGGACAGUCAUCUGGUGGCACCUAGUAGUUUGUGCACUGUACUUUACUUUGAGUUGUGAUGUGCGAUGUUUUCCAAAUAAACCAUUAUUUAUGUUUAGAACUCAGUGUGCUAACAAUUUUUACAUUCUGUGAGUCCCUAAACAUUUGCGGCUUUAUA